UUACUUACCUAGGCUUACCCUUGCUUAAGCUACCUAAUGAAGCAAGAAAAUUCACUUCCAUCAUUCUAUCAUUAGAAUUGAUGGUGUAGACCUAUAAGCAACAAAUACAUGUGGCUAGGAAGCCUAUCGGGCAUCUGUCAGAAGGUGUCUGCCUUGUGUACUUACUUACCUUCCUUGACCUAUCUAACGAGCGACACCGACCGCCGACACACUGACAUGACACACUGACAUGCGAGUGACCAAAGCGCUGCCAUCGCGACAUGCAAUACCCAUCCAUGGAUGAAGCAGAUCUUCCUCCAACAAUCUCCAACCUUGAUACCUUGGCUCUUCAGAUGCUACUCUACAACUGAUGAUGGCAACCACCGCAGCGCCGUGCAUCUUCUUCCCUCAAGGCCGUUGUAGGAAUGGUGAUGCCUGCCGUUUCAGCCACGAUUCUCCUCCACCCGUGAACCCCCACCCACGGCCAGAUCCCCGAGCCCAGGUGCUUUGCAAGUUCUACUUGCAGGGCAUCUGCAAACAUGGGGCCAAAUGUCCGUACCGCCAUGAAGCCUCGGAUUCUCCAAUCGCAGUGGAGGCGUCCCAUGAGCCGGCCAGCGAGGUCGUGCGAGUCUUUCGUGGCGCCCUCAUUCGCUUUGGUGAUGGUGCCUGCGUCACCAGUCUCUCUCUUUCCUCCGAAUACUCGUCGGUCCGACUGGAUGGUCUCGCAGCUAACACAACUUCUGCCGACGUCAUCGCCAUCUUGGAAGCACUUGGUCAUGAUGUCGAAGUCGAUGGUCUACGAAUUGUGCCCACGCCCCAAUCCUCCCCUCCACUCUGCAGCGCAUAUAUCAGUACACCGGAUCUUGAAUUUCCCACCGCGUUGUGCGAUAGCCUCUUGUUAAGUUCUACGUACGAAAAUUUGACAGCAAAGCCAGUGCCUCCCAGGCUCCCAACAUGGGCAUCUACUCGGCGAGCCCGUUGCAACAGACUGCAGCUAAGAUGGCCGUCGCCCCGUAAGGAGGUUUGCCUCUACUUCCUGGCCCACCAGGCUGCGCUAAGAGUGAGCGGGAAGUUCAACAGCGGUAAAUAUAUGGUUCGCAACACACGCAUCCAUUGCGAUGAGCCUGAGUUGGAACACGGCGCCUUGUGGAUGGUUCAGGCAUUGGGGCUACCUGGUUGUAGCUCUGAGGAGAUGGUGCGCGCUUCUAUUACAGCUGACUACGACCAUCCAAUACUUAUUGCUGGGUUACGUCAAUCGGCCAAGAAAAUAUGGACGCUGGCUUCUGUUAAAGACUUUCUCGGUGGUUUUGGCACCAUCAGCUUCAUGUCAGAACCGUAUGAGCAUGCCGGAGCAUUUUUGACAGCUACGGCGCACUUUAAUGACGACUGUGCCGCCCAGGAAGCUGCUCGAUCCAUUGAAAAGAGUUCCGACGAUUUGCCAUACCACGACCGCCUUACCGCAAGAAUUGUGUAUAACUCUACGUUCAAAGUAUCGAAUGAAGUAUACCAUCAUAUUCAGAAACACCUCCAAGACUGUCUAGAGGAGCUGAAAGCACCGCGAAUGAGUACUAUACCUCGGGAGAAUGGCACAGUUUUGAGUCUUGAUAGCUGGAGCUCCGAAGAUAGUGCAAAAUAUGCUAACGCAGUUGAAGACAUUGUGGCUGGCAGUGUGAUCGAGGGAAAAGAUGGCAAGCCGUUCUGGGCUCCCCAACUUGCGUCUAAUGGGCCCGCUUCUAAAGCAUUGAGAGAGAUCCAGCAAGAACAUGAGGUAUUGCUUCUACCCAACAGAUCAAAGCGCGAGUUGCGAUAUUUCGGAGACUUGACGAAGCAAAAGGCAGUUCAAGGCCAUGUAGUUCAGUCUCUCACGGAAGAUGCGGAGCAGCGCUAUACUAUCGAAUUAGACGAUGCCGGCUUCUCCUGGCUUUGCACUACUGGAUUGAACUUGUUGAAGAUCGCGGUAGGAGAUAACGUCGUGUCUCUCCAUGUGACUUCGAAGCCGAAGAAACUGAUAAUCACUGGCACCGAAGAAGAACAAUGCGAAGUUAUGGCAAUACUGCAGAUACAUGAUAUUUCGUUCCCAGUGAAAGAGGUUACAUCGACGGUAGAACAGAAUUGUACUAUUUGUUUUACGCCAGCUGAUGACCCGGUAGUGCUCGGGUGCGGACAUACUUACUGUGCAGACUGCUUCACCGCGCUCUGUCGGAACGGCUCAGCACAGACCGAUGUACGCGUCGCCUGUUCAGGCGCGGAAGACAUAUGCAAGAACGCCAUCCCACUCAGGGAGAUCCAGGCCCACGUCGACCCGUCGACAUUCGAACAACUCCUAGAAUCAUCUUUCAAUACAUACAUCUCCCGCCGCCUUGAACAAUUCCGCUACUGCCCGACACCGGACUGCGGCUAUCUCUACCGCCCAGCAAGCAGCACAACUUCUGCGAAAACGUCACAUAUGUGUCCCAAAUGUCUGAAACGCAUCUGUCGCUCAUGCCACGCCAACCACGACGGCCAGCGCUGCGACGAGUACCAGGCCUCGGCUACCUUCGAGGCCUACAAGCACGAGCACAGGUCCAACGUCAAGGAUUGCCCGAAGUGCCAGACGACGAUCGAGAAGACGGACGGAUGUAACCAUAUGGAGUGCGGCGGGUGCCAUAUCCAUAUCUGCUGGGAGUGCAUGGAGACUUUCGAACAACCGGACCAUUGCUACGAUCAUAUGCGCGCCGUGCACCGCGGGAUUGGCGUCGGCGACGAUUGGGAUAACGAAGAAGAAGACGAAGAAGAAGAUGAAGAGGAGGAGGCGGUGGUGGAGGAAGACGACGGUGAGGAAUUCGUGCUUGAUUUGCGCAGGAUGGCGGAUGAAUUGACGAGGGCGAGGGAUAUAUUGGAUAAUUUCCGCCGCAUCGUUUGAUGAAUUGUGGGAAAUUGUUCGUUUCACCCCCUUUCGGAUGGAGAGAUGAGAUGAGAUGUGUUUACUUAUUCUUGACGGUGCCUACUUCAUGUUUAUGGGGAGUCAAGAUCUGGGGCGUGGGGGAGAGAUAGAUCUCGCUCUGAAGUUGAG